CAUUGGAGGCCACAGGCAAACACCAGGAGCCUGGACUUUAGGAAUCAUCGCUGCUCUCACUGUCUCCUGAGACCCUGCCCUGUCCCCACCUUGCCUUCACCCAGACCCUGCCUCCGGCCCACUGCUCUGGACGGCCCUGUUUGCUGCCGGACCCUGGCAUGUCAAGGCCUGGCCUGCACUUGCCUGCCCAGCCCGCGGAACCCCAGCGGCCCCGCGAGCUAGGAUGAGGGGCCAGGCUGCCGCCCCGGGCCCCAUCUGGAUCCUUGCUCCACUCCUGCUGCUACUACUGCUACUGGGGCGCAGGGCACGUGCUGCUUCUGGGGCAGACAUAGGGCCUGGGGCGGAGCAGUGCACCACGCUGGUGCAGGGCAAGUUCUUCGGCUACUUCUCGGCAGCUGCUGUGUUCCCAGCCAACGCCUCACGCUGCUCUUGGACCCUUCGCAACCCGGACCCUCGUCGCUACACGCUCUACAUGAAGGUGGCCAAGGCACCUGCACCCUGCAGCGGUCCUGGCCGCGUCCGUACCUACCAGUUCGACUCCUUCUUGGAGUCCACGCGGACCUACCUGGGUGUAGAGAGCUUUGACGAAGUUCUGCGGCUCUGCGAUCCUUCUGCACCCCUUGCCUUCCUACAGGCCAGCAAGCAGUUUCUACAGAUGCAGCGCCAACAGCCACCCCAAGAUGGUGACCUUGGUCCCCGGGGAGGGUUCCCAAACUCUGGUGACGACUUCUCUGUGGAGUACCUGGUCGUGGGCAAUCGCAACCCCAGCCAUGCUGCCUGUCAGAUGCUCUGCCGCUGGCUGGAUGCCUGUCUGGCUGGCAGCCGCAGCUCACACCCCUGUGGCAUCAUGCAGACUCCCUGUGCCUGCCUGGGUGGAGAUGCUGGAGACCCUGCUUCCAGCCCUUUGGUCCCCCGUGGGGAUGUCUGCUUGAGGGACGGCGUAGCAGGUGGCCCCGAGAACUGCCUCACCAGCCUGACCCAGGAUCGGGGUGGGCACGGCUCAACAGGUGGCUGGAAACUGUGGUCCUUGUGGGGUGAAUGUACGCGGGACUGUGGUGGAGGUCUGCAAACUCGAACCCGUACCUGCUUGCCUACCCCUGGCGUGGAGGGCGGAGGCUGUGAGGGCGUUCUGGAAGAAGGACGCCUGUGCAACCGCAAGGCCUGUGGCCCCACUGGGCGCACCAGCUCACGGAGUCAGUCUCUACGGUCCACGGAUGCCCGGCGACGUGAGGAGUUGGGAGAUGAACUGCAGCAGUUUGGGUUCCCGUCCCCCCAGACUGGUGACCCAGCAGCCGAGGAGUGGUCCCCAUGGAGCGUGUGCUCCAGCACCUGCGGCGAGGGCUGGCAGACCCGCACCCGCUUCUGCGUGUCAUCCUCCUACAGCACUCAGUGCAGUGGGCCUCUGAGGGAGCAGCGGCUCUGCAACAACUCGGCCGUGUGUCCAGUGCACGGGGCCUGGGAUGAGUGGUCACCGUGGAGCCUCUGCUCCAGUACCUGUGGCCGUGGCUUCCGUGACCGCACACGCACCUGCAGGCCCCCGCAGUUUGGAGGCAACCCCUGUGAGGGUCCCGAGAAGCAAACGAAGUUCUGCAACAUUGCCUUGUGCCCUGUGGAUGGAAAUUGGAAUGAAUGGUCUAGCUGGAGCACCUGCUCCGCCAGUUGCUCCCAAGGCCGCCAGCAGCGGACCCGAGAGUGCAAUGGUCCUUCCUAUGGAGGCGCUGAGUGCCAGGGCCACUGGGUGGAAACUCGAGACUGCUUCCUGCAGCAGUGCCCAGUGGACGGCAAGUGGCAGGCCUGGGCGUCAUGGGGCAGCUGCAGUGUCACGUGUGGAGGUGGCAGCCAGCGACGGGAGCGUAUCUGCUCUGGGCCUUUCUUCGGGGGAGCCGCCUGCCAGGGCCCCCAGGAUGAGUACCGGCAGUGUGGUACCCAACGAUGUCCUGAGCCCCAUGAAAUUUGUGAUGAAGACAACUUUGGGGCCGUGGUCUGGAAGGAGACCCCAGCUGGAGAGGUGGCUGCAGUUCGGUGUCCCCGCAAUGCCACAGGCCUCAUCCUGCGCCGCUGUGAGCUGGACGAGGAAGGCAUCGCCUACUGGGAGCCUCCCACCUACAUCCGCUGUGUCUCUAUCGACUACCGGAACAUCCAAAUGAUGACCCGAGAGCACCUGGCCAAGGCUCAGCGUGGGCUGCCAGGGGAGGGCGUCUCGGAGGUCAUCCAGACCCUGCUGGAGAUCUCGCAGGACGGCACCAGCUACAGUGGUGACCUGCUCUCCACCAUCGAUGUCCUGAGGAACAUGACAGAGAUAUUCCGCCGGGCCUACUACAGCCCUACACCCGGGGAUGUGCAGAACUUUGUCCAGAUCAUCAGCAACCUGCUGGCGGAGGAGAACCGGGACAAGUGGGAGGAGGCGCAGUUGAUGGGUCCCAACGCCAAGGAGCUCUUUCGACUGGUGGAGGACUUUGUGGAUGUCAUCGGCUUCCGCAUGAAGGAUUUGAGGGAUGCCUACCAGGUGACCGACAAUCUGGUGCUCAGCAUCCACAAGCUUCCGGCCAGUGGGGCCACCGACAUCAGCUUCCCUAUGAAGGGCUGGCGUGCCACAGGAGAUUGGGCCAAGGUGCCAGAGGACAGAGUCACCGUGUCCAAAAGUGUGUUUUCCACAGGGUUGGCAGAGGCUGAUGAUUCAUCUGUGUUCGUGGUUGGUACUGUGCUCUACCGAAAUUUGGGCAGCUUCCUGGCUCUGCAAAGGAACACCACAGUCCUCAACUCUAAGGUCAUCUCCGUGACUGUGAAGCCCCCACCUCGAUCUCUGCUCACGCCCCUGGAAAUUGAGUUCGCCCACAUGUACAACGGAACCACCAACCAGACAUGUAUCCUGUGGGACGAGACAGAUGGGUACGCCUGCAUGGCUCUCCCCUUCUUUCUGUCCAGGUCUGUGGCCGGCCAUCCUUAUUAUUCUAGGAAAGUCCAUGGCACGGGGGAGGAGGGCCAGAGAGGCCUGGGACUGGAGAGUCUGGUCCUGGUGACCCUCAGCUGGUUACAUUGGGGAGGGUUUGUCCUCAGCGAGGAAGUCAGAGAACCAGGGUGGGAGGUCACAAGACCCUGGGGUUACAGGGGGCCGUGGACAGACCUCUGUUCACUGGCCAUGGGUCCCGUCUCACUCCUUGUCUUCCCUGCUCCCCAGAACAUGGAUAAGGCGACCGUGCCAUCCGUGACGCUCAUCGUGGGCUGUGGCGUGUCCUCCCUCACCCUGCUCAUGCUGGUCAUCAUCUACGUGUCUGUAUGGAGGUACAUUCGCUCAGAGCGGUCCGUCAUCCUCAUCAACUUCUGCCUGUCCAUCAUCUCUUCUAACGCUCUCAUCCUCAUUGGGCAGACCCAGACCCGCAACAAGGUUGUAUGCACGCUGGUGGCUGCCUUCCUGCACUUCUUCUUCCUGUCCUCCUUCUGCUGGGUGCUCACCGAGGCCUGGCAGUCAUACAUGGCCGUGACUGGCCGCCUACGGAGCCGGCUCGUCCGCAAGCGCUUUCUCUGCCUGGGCUGGGGGCUCCCUGCACUGGUGGUGGCCAUUUCUGUAGGAUUCACCAAGGCCAAGGGGUACAGCACCAUGAACUACUGCUGGCUUUCCCUGGAGGGAGGACUUCUGUAUGCCUUCGUGGGACCAGCCGCUGCAGUUGUGCUGGUGAACAUGGUGAUCGGAAUCCUGGUGUUCAACAAGCUCGUGUCCAAGGACGGCAUCACGGACAAGAAGCUGAAGGAGCGGGCAGGGGCCUCCCUGUGGAGCUCCUGCGUGGUGCUGCCGCUGCUGGCGCUGACCUGGAUGUCUGCCGUGCUUGCUGUCACCGACCGCCGCUCCGCCCUCUUCCAGAUCCUCUUUGCUGUCUUUGACUCACUGGAGGGUUUCGUCAUCGUGAUGGUCCACUGUAUUCUGCGCAGAGAGGUUCAGGAUGCUGUGAAGUGCCGUGUGGUAGACCGCCAAGAGGAAGGCAACGGAGACUCAGGAGGCUCCUUCCAGAAUGGCCACGCACAGCUCAUGACUGACUUUGAGAAGGAUGUGGAUCUGGCCUGUAGAUCAGUGCUGAAUAAAGACAUCGCAGCCUGCCGCACAGCCACCAUCACAGGCACCUUCAAGCGGCCAUCACUGCCUGAAGAGGAGAAGCUCAAGCUGGCCAAGGGCCCACCCCCCACCUUCAACAGCCUGCCAGCUAAUGUGUCCAAACUGCACCUGCACGGUUCACCCCGCUACCCCGGUGGGCCACUGCCCGACUUCCCCAACCACUCCCUCACCCUCAAAAAGGACAAGGCCCCUAAGUCUUCCUUUAUCGGAGAUGGGGACAUCUUCAAGAAACUGGACUCAGAGCUGAGCCGGGCUCAGGAGAAGGCUCUGGACACGAGCUACGUGAUCCUGCCCACGGCCACGGCCACACUCCGGCCCAAACCCAAGGAGGAACCCAAGUACAGCAUCAACAUUGACCAGAUGCCCCAAACCCGCCUCAUCCACCUUAGCAUGGCACCUGACGCCAGCUUCCCCACCCGUAGCCCACCUGCCCGUGAGCCCCCAGGUGGUGCGCCCCCUGAGGUGCCCCCUGCCCAGCCCCCACCACCUCCACCUCCACCACCCCCUCCACCCCAACAGCCCCUACCCCCACCACCCACCCUGGAGCCUGCACCCCCCAGCCUGGGGGAUACAGGGGAGCCUGCGGCCCACCCAGGACCUAGUUCAGGUGCUGGGACCAAGAAUGAGAAUGUGGCCACCCUGUCAGUGAGCUCCCUGGAGCGGCGGAAAUCACGGUAUGCAGAACUGGACUUCGAGAAGAUCAUGCACACACGGAAGCGACACCAGGACAUGUUCCAGGACCUGAACCGGAAGCUGCAGCAUGCGGCUGAGAAGGAGAAGGAAGUACCAGGCGUAGACAGCAAGCCAGAGAAACAGCAGACUCCCAACAAGAGGGCCUGGGAGAGCCUCCGCAAGCCCCAUGGGACGCCCGCCUGGGUGAAGAAGGAGCUGGAGCCACUGCCCCCUUCUCCACUGGAGCUUCGGAGUGUGGAGUGGGAGAAGGCGGGUGCCACUAUCCCACUCGUUGGCCAGGACAUCAUUGACCUCCAGACCGAGGUCUGAGCGGGCGGGCGGUGGCCCCGCACCGGGCCAGCAGGUGGGAUGCUGCUCUGCCCGCUCCACCAUAGGACGGGCAUAGAUGCGCUCGCGGUGGCGGGCCGGGUCCAGCCCCGGCCUCAGGGCGCUCGGAGGCGGCCAGGCAGAGGGCCCGCGGUGCUGGGACCAGAGCCAGACACAGGACAGGAGGUGGCAUGGCCCGCGGGCACAGGGCUCAAGAGGCCAGAUGGUGCCUCAGACUCUGCCCUCCUUGGGCAAGCCCGGACAGGCAGGCGGGCGGCUGUGGACAUGGACAGGCCUGGUGUGGCCAGCGUCCCCAGGAUGCCCACCUCAGCCACCACUGCAGAGGACUGCCUGUGGCCCGCCAGCCUGGCUCCGUUUUUUAGACACCCCUACCCCUUGGGAAGCAGCCAAACCCCCCCCACUCCCUUCCAGGACCCUGGGCCCCUCCAAGACCCAGGCAGAGAGCAUGGUCCUGACCCAGAGACCCAGGGCCAGGACUGAGACCACUCUGGAAAGAAGUGGUGUGGGGAAUCUAUUUUUUCUCUCCUUUUCUUUUCUUCAAUAAAAAGAAUUAAAAACCCA